AACGUUUCAUACAUCUCUCUCCUCUCACAUAGAGACACAAGAGUGGUCACUGGCCAGUGUAAAGCCACUAACAGCUCUAGGCCUGCAAUUUUUUUUCUUCAGAUUAUUACAAAAAAUUUAAUAAAACAAAACAUGAAAAGCGAUUUUUUGUGUUCGCUUCUUUUUCGACUUUUAAUGGAGCAGGCCGGCAGCACCGAGACAAAGAAAAGAAUGAGUUUCUCUCUCGAGGAUUCCUAUGCUAUCCAUAAAAAUAACUAAUGUGCUUUUCCUUUAAAAAAGAAAAAACAAAAAAAAGGUCCUAAUUGUUGUUUGAAUAUUUGAUAAAAUCGUAAACAAUGAAAUGGCAGUGUCUUAAAAGAAGGAGAAGGGCACUGUUACUUGUUUGUUGCUGUUCUUUAAAGUUUUUGUAAAUAAUGCAUAUUUGUUAACAGAAGAAAAAUAAUGGAAGCAUCAAUAACCACAGCCAAAGGUACUGGAGGAGAGGUGAGGCAUCUUCACAUCAUUUAUUUCCUCAGCCAUAUGGGUCGCAUAGAGCAUCCUCAUCUCAUUCGGGUUCAUCAUCUCAAUCGCAACGGAGUCUAUCUCCGAGACGUGAAGAGAUGGAUGACAGAUUUGCGAGGGAAAGACAUGCCAGAUGCCUUUGCGUGGUCUUAUAAGAGAAGGUACAAGAAUGAUUAUGUUUGGCAAGAUUUAACGGAUGAUGAUCUCAUUACCCCAAUCUCUGACAAUGAAUAUGUCCUAAAAGGAUCUGAAGUUUUCCCCACCAGUCGUUUUGAUGCUAAUGCUAAUGGUGAAAAUAAAGUUUCCGUUAUAAAAAAUGGCAAGCUUGUUGGAGUUGACGCAGCUUCAAGCCAGACUUCCCUAAAUCCUAUUAUAGAUACCCCAACAAAAGCAUCCCCAGAAAUUUAUGAAGAAUCGCCUAUAUUUAGCUCAGAUUGCUCAACAAUAACCGAAGAUUCCACGAAACAAGAACAAGGUCCAAGCAAAUUCAAUCCCCUUGAAGAAAAUAUGGACAAGUGUGGAAGCCUUCCGUCGUCGUAUGUUAACUCCAAUUUGUUGGGUCAAAAGAAGAAGAAGAAGAAGAGAUACGGCAGCAACAAUAACAACGAUGAUGAUGGCAAUGAUAGUAGAAAAAGCAGCUGUAGCAUUGAAAAGAUGGGUACUCGAAGCUCAUCAUUUUCUUUGUCGUCCCCAUCGCCAUCACUAGAGUCGCAGUUUGCAAAGAGUAAGCGCUAUUCAACUGGAGCUUCAAAAAUGCUUCGAAACUUGAUUACUUGCGGUGCUGUCGAUACAAAUGAUACUGCUGUAGUUGCGGCUAAUAAAUAUUCUUCAAAUAAGUCUGUGAAAAAGGGGGAUGAGAUUUGCAAAGGGGAGAUACUUGGAGGGUCUUCAAGAGGAUUUGGGACUCCUUGGAAUCACCAGGACCAACAAUACAAUGCGAGGAGGACAAAUUUCGAUGGGCCGAAGCAGCAGCAAAGCGGAAUUGGCAAACCGAAAGGGGUUCCUCCUGCAUACAAGCCAGUGGGUACACCCACCUGCUCGCAAUGUGGUAAGUCGUUCAAGCCAGAGAAACUGCACACACACAUGAAGUCCUGCAAAGGAAUGAAAGCUUCUGGAAAGCCUGCUGCAGCAUCUUUCAAGAGGAAUCCACCCCCUCCUUCCAUGACUAAACUAAUGACUAUUUCAUGACCAACUAAAUUUUCAGAAUGUUAUAAAUAUCAAAAGUGAAUUUUGCGAGUUAGAUGCUUGGAAAAGAAAUGAUUGGAAUUAUAAAAUCUCCAACUGUCAAGUGAGUAGUAUCUGCUAGGAGUUUAGAAGGGCAAAACCUGUUUUUCCAGAGGAUCACCUACACCUGGAAAAACAUUGCCAGCAGUCAAGCUACUUGAGAAAAAGCUGAAAAU